AUGGCAGCCAGCUUCAUCAUUUUCGGUGGCCUUUUAUGUCUUUUGGGGGCUAUAUGGCUUCUCAACAUCAUUUACCGCCUUUUCUUCCACCCGCUUGCAAAGUUCCCAGGUCCCAAGUUGGCAGCCGUUUCUGACCCAUUUCCCAAAUAUGAGCUGAUUGGCCGUAAUUCUCAAGGCGAUGUGGUGCGAAUAGCCCCCAACGAACUAUCCUUUGCUACUGUACAAGCAUACCAGGAUAUCUACGGACAUGCAACCAAAGGCAAGAAGAAGUUUAUCAAGAGCGACUGGUAUGAAUCAUCAGGGGAUCACCCUGGUAUAGUCACUGUCAGAGAUCCCGCCCAACACUCGAGACAGAGAAAGUAUCUGUCCCAUGCAUUCAGCGCCAAGUCUCUACGCGGUCAAGAAACACUCAUUCACAGCUAUGUGGAUAUGUUUAUUGGCCAGUUGCGUAAGCUCGGUAAUCCUGAGGGAUCUGGAAUCAAUGUUGAGGGGGCCCUUAACUGGCUUACGUUCGAUAUUAUCGAGCGCGGAGAUUUCUUUUCGCAUCUAUUGAGCAAGGGCGGCAAUGAUGUUCCGGAGCAAGAACUCUGCGAACAAUCGAGCACGCUCAUUGUAGCUGGUUCGGAAACAACAGCUACAUGCCUGACCGGGAUCGUCUAUUGCCUCCUUUCGAAUCGAUCUUGUCUAGUGAAGCUCACCGACGAAGUGCGUUCGCGAUUCCAGUCCGAGACUGAGAUUACAGGGGACGCCACUGCAGAGUUGAAGUACCUCCCUGCAGUCAUUGAAGAAGGGCUGCGGAUUUUUCCGCCUGCGCCGUUCGGUCUCCCCCGUAUCUCGCCCGGCGCUGCCAUCGACGGUCACUACAUUCCUUCAGGUGUCGUUGUGAGUGUGGAUCAUUGGACUACCAAGCAUGAUGGGCGCUAUUGGAAGGAGCCGCAUUCUUUCAUUCCCGAGCGUUGGAUUGACGAGAAUGCCUCCGACGUCAAGCAAGCUAGUCAGCCUUUCUCACUUGGUCCAAGAUCUUGUCUAGGCAUCAACUUGGCGUAUCUAGAGAUGAGGAUUAUUCUUGCCAAGAUGGUUUAUCACUUCGACUGGGAAUUGGUAGAUAGCGACGUUGAUCUGUUUAGGGAUGCAAAGCUGUUCCUGUUGUGGAAGAAGCCGGCUUUGAUGGUGCGCUUCUAUCCCCGUACUUGA